UCUUUGUCUCAGUCAUCCUCCCUGGCCACAGUUGCUUCCAACUCAACUGGACCUUCCUCAGAAGCAACCGUCAGUUCUAUAGCAUCCUCUCAGACCGUCUUAUCUCAGUCUAGUUCCUCAACACACCCGACUCGCGUCACUCACAUGCAGGUGAAGCUACAAAGUCACGUAUCUGAAGACACCACUUCUCUUCGGAAAGGCUUACCGUCCCCUACGAAGCCUAUGGUUCAAACGGUCGGCUCGUCAACCUCUUCUUUGAAACGUUCCCGUUCCCCGGACACGCAACCCCCAGGACUGAGCCCACUUCCAUUGAGGCGUUUUCAAAAACCACUUCCUGAGCCAUGUAAUUCGCCCGCAAGGCGCAAGGCAAAAUUUGACACAGAUUCUGAACGAGAGCAGGAUUCGGUAGUUCACGUCAAACGGAUGCAAACCCCUCAAUCUAAGAAGCGUCGCAUUUCUUCACCCGGACCUUCCUCCCUUCAUAGCUCAAGUAGCCUUGUCCCCAGCAGCCAAUCCGAUGAAGAAGAGCUGGCGCCUUCACGGUCCAAGGCUCGGAGCACAGAUGUCAAGGCGGUCGACCAUUGGAGGAAAGAGACCCUUCCCCAUUCUCCGGACGUCGACAGCGACGACGAUCGUGCUGCACAGACGGAAAUCGACCCCUUACUCUCUUCGUCCCCCCUAACUUCUAGAUUCACCUCACCGUUGACGGAGCCUGAGCAUGACACCAACCUUCAGCGCCCAACGCCUGCUUCCCCUUUCAGCCCCGGUUUCGGUCACAUCCCCACACCUCCAUAUACCGACCGUCAUUCAAAUGAUGCCCCUAUGCCGCCUUCGCCUAUUGCUCUUGAUCCCGCAACGAAGGCCGCUCAAAUCAUUGCGGAUAUCAAGGCCAGGGCCUACGCGGCGACGCUAUUAAGCCCCGAAAGUACUCCCUCUCUUGAGUUCAAGGAUGAAUUAUCGGAUAGUAGCGACGAUGAGAUGCUUCCGUUUGUCCCUGUGCCAGCGAAGGAAAAAAGUAAGACAAAACCCAGUGUUGAUAAUGUCGAUUCAACAAUCAUGACACGUCCCACUCGAUAUCCACUCCGAGAUCGCACCUCCUCGCCAGCCAUUGGAGAAGGGGAAUCACUUGAACAAAGCUCACGGGGAUUGCGCACCAUGCCCGCUGUAUUUUUCAAUGGAGCUCACAAGAAAGGGAAAGGAGCAGCCAAAAAGAAGCCUGCUUUCAACCCACUUGAUAAUUUUUUAAAGGAAAAAAGGCAAGCAGAGAAGGGCGGUAAAGGAGCUGAGGCCUUCCGUUGUGCUGAGAGCUUGGCCAGCAUGCAGGGGAAAAAUAAUUUAUUCGACGAAAUGGCCGAUGAGCAAGCUGAGAGCGCAGCCUUUCAGGCUGUGAAAGAACGUGAUCAAUGGCUCAACACCCCAUUGAGCCCCGAUAAUAGCUUCACUUCCCUCGGUGCUAUAACCCUGGUUGAAGAGGAUAGGCGAAGACUAUUCGGCGACAACGGCGGGAAGGCGAUUAUAGGUAUUUUGGAAAGUGAUAGGGUCUUGAAGGAUCAAGAACGCGCCCACAAAAAGUUCAAGGGAGUACCGUUUUGGACAACGCAAGACUCAGUGGGCAUGCUAGUUGAUGAAACCUUUCCGACUUUCCACGGCGUUCCGUGCUCUGUUACGGUUAUAUUCUUCAAAACCAAAUCCCCCUUGUGGGGUCACACUCUCUUGCAUNUUAGGCGCUCUCCAUCGCUUAGGAGCCGUGUCCUCCCCGAUGUCUUCUAUAGGAUGGGCAACGGAGUCUUCCGUACACCCACCAUCGAUCGAUUCAACAAGUCGCGAGGGAGCGCUGUAUCGUUUGGUAGAGCUAGUAGCUUCGUGUGCACGCUACUCGUGGAAGACAUUCCAGACCUGGUAGCAGCGUUGUUACUAAUCGCUACUGACCCUUCAACCUCUCUGCCGCUACAACGAGAUAUCACAACAGUGAUAAACCAAAUUUGCAACAGCAUUGGCCCUGAGGGCGAGGUGUUCUCCGAGAUUGAAGCUCGCAUUUGUUCAAAGGUGUUAAAUUGCAUUUCAACGUGUCAGCCCAUAAACAAAGCAUACCUGCUUUCCUUUUUGGCUGCCGGCACAGGUCGCUCCUUGCGAAUUGCCCGGUACGCAGCCUUUUCCAUUGUCACCGAGCAGGCAACCGUCACCCCAGCGCAGUAUUCCGAUCUACCUCCCAUUUCUGAAAUCCUCAAUGCUCUCUUGCUCACGAGCUCGGACCAGUCAGGCAUUUUCGAUCUCCACGACGAGACUGAUUACGUCAACCUGGGAUUCAACGUCUACAUUUUGAGUGUUGCCCUCUCGAACGUGAAGGGUUGGGCGCUUGAGGAGCGCGAGGAGUCGAGAUCAAAGCCCCUUGGUCGUCAUAGUCCAAACAAAUUGGGCUCGGGAGAAGACAAACCCAAAACACCAUUGCAGGUCCUCUGCCAGGCUCUUGAGAGCCUGCAUUCGGGCAUCAGUGAUACCCGCGCUGCACACCUGGACCGCUCUCGGACCAAGGCAGCUGUUAAGGCCUUGUCUGUGCGGAUAUAUUACCAACGUGAUGCCUGGAUAAAAGGCAACACAAACAGCAAUGUUUGCUUCGUACCCCUUAAAUUACACAUUCUUAAAUCUUUAUCUCAAAUGAACUGGGAUACUUAUGUCCGUGACGAUUGUGUCAAGACGACCGUAACACAACAACUCUUUUAUCGCGACCUUCUCAUUCCACUGCAGUCAUCUACCACACGAGGAGACUUGGCGCGCAUCGCCCUCACGAUGGAGGACCUUUCAAUGUUUCCAGCACAACAUCUCACUUUGCUAUCGCCCUCGCCCAGCAAAAAGAAUGAUCUCGCCCAAACGAAGGACACCAUUGCCUUUGACUGUGCAAGCCUACCAGGCGAUUCGCUGGCGAUGUUCACGAAACUCAGCAACCAGUUCAACGAGCUUCAAACGCAACUGCAACAAGAAAGACACGAACGCCUGGCGGAACAACAAAAACUAAACGAAGAACAACAAAAACUCAAGGCGCGGAUCUCAACACUUGAACCUAUCACCCGACGAAUCCUCACAGACGCUUACCUCUCUGUUAGAGGCUAUCGGUUUUCCUUGGGUUCCCGCGCAAAGUGGAUCCACGAAAACAUCGCCGGGCUUCUACCUCAUGAUACCGGGACCACUGAACCUGAGUUCGAGCUAAAGUUAGAGAAGUGGUGCCAACAUGGGGAUGCAGGCGCCCACUCGACGCAAACCCUCGCCAUUGCGCUUUCUUUGGACGAUCUAGCGUCCCCAGACGAGGACUUUGAGUGCAUGUUCUCGCAAUGCUUCGGUCACGGCCUUGGAGAAGAAUUGGAAGGCAGGAUAUCAUCAACUUUGGUGGAAAUUGGAAAAGACGGCGUAGCCAACCUCCAGAAGACACAAUGCAGGAGAAGUCGCAUCACCGCUUCUCUUCGGAGUCUUACGGUCGCCUACGAAGCCUAUGGUUCAAACGUUGUCAAGCUCCUCUUUAAUACGUUCCCGCUCCCUGGACACGCAACCCCCAGGAGUGAGCUCACUUCCAUUGAGGCGUAUUCAAAACCACUUCCUGAGCCAUGUCAUUCGCCAGCAAGGCGCCAUGCAGAAUUUGACACAGAUUCCGACCGAGAGCGCUCAAGUAGUCUUGUUCCCAGCAGCCAAUCCGAUGAAGAAGAGCGGGCGCCUUCACGGUCCAAGGCUCAAAGCAUGGACGUCAAGGGUGUCGACCAUCGGAGGAAGGAGACGCUUCCCCCUUCUCCGGACGUCGACAACGACGACGAUCCUGCUGCACAGAUGGAAAUCGACCCCUUACUCUCUUCGUCACCCCUUUCACCCCAUGGCACCAAGCUUCAGCGCCCAUGCUUCCCCUUUCAGCCUCGGUUUCGGUCACAUCCGCACGCCUCCACAUACCGACCGUCAUUCAAAUGA